AUGUUUUAUCCUUUAUCGAUAUUAUUAAUAUUUAUUAUUCGAUAUAAUUGGCUUGUUUUAUUUUUAAUUCUCGAUGGAAUUUUAAUCAAGCACAGAUAUUUUCCAAAUGUUGCUAGAAAAUAUCAAGAUAUAAAACUAAAUAUUGAUCAUUUUCUUUCAAAUAACUCUAAUUCAAAAUAUUCAAUAAUAAAAGAACGAUUAUAUUAUUGGUAUAAAUAUGAUAAUUUUAAAAGUAAAAUGAUUAUUUUUUCAAUAUUAAUUAUUCCACUUGUCAUAGAAAUAAUUUUUCUUUAUCUUAUACCAAUGUCGAAUUUAGUUUUAUUUUUUUUAUGGAAAUUAAUAAUAUUUGUAAUACGUUAUUGUUGGCUUAUUUUAAUGAUUAUGAUGAAUGAGCUAGUUUUGGUUGAAUAUAAUUAUUUUCCAAAUUAUAUUAGAUUAUAUAAUUCAAUAAAAGAAACUAUAAUUAAUUGGCAUGAAGAUAAAAUAUUUCGAAGUGUAGUUAUUCUUAUUUCUAUUUUUGGUGGUCCAUUUAUGUUAGAAAUGUGUUUUAUUUGGUUAAUGCCAAUAAUGAACUUAUUUAUAUUUGUCUUAUGGAGUCUUUUUCUGUUUUUAAUUCGUUAUUGUUGGUUGAUAUUAAUAUUAAUUAUUAAUCGAAUUUUCGAAGAGAAUGAAAUAUUUCAAAAUUAUAUUUCAAAAUCUAUCAUCAAUAUAAUACAACAAAUCGGUCGAUGGAGUGAUAAUAAUAAAUUAAAAAUUGGACUAGUCAUAUUUUUAACUAUAGCUGGCCCAUUCAUAUUAGAAAUACUUCUAUUUUAUGGUUUUAAGGCGAUAUAA